AAUACUCUACGAACAAUGUGUUAAUGGAAACUGGCAUUAUAGUUAGCUAUUUUAUUUAUUUUCAAAACUAUUCUGCUAACGUACGUCUGCAGCUGAAAUCAAAACACGUGUGGCAGAUCCAGUGUGACCAAAUUUUGCUUAUGUUUGCGAUUAUUACCAUAGUGUCAUUCACAACGAAACGGCAACUGUACAAGUCAACGCCGAAUGAGCAGCACGUUUUUGUUUUACGUGCUAAAAAACCAGACAGAAUGGCUUCGUUAUUUACGUUGGACACAAAUGGCGACCAGCAAUUGUUCAGUGCAGAUAAUAUACAGUACUCCGCUCCAUUGUACAAUGGCAUUUUUGAAGAUCGUCAACAGGAGGACAGCGAAGAAGACGAUGACCAGGAAGAUGGUGAAAUGGAAUUAUUUGGCGUCAAGAUAAGCUGCAAGGAUGUUAGCAAAGUAGUCGCCGCUGCCGCCACACAGGAGACGGCAAAACGAGUGUCAUCCGGGGUGGCGAUACAGCUGAAUGAAGUUGCUGAGAAGGUUAACGAGGCAUCACAAAACGCGGGUGCACACAAACUGCAGAAACGUCAACGCAACACAACAGAAAUAGACAACGAGAUUAGCGAGGAUGUGAAUGUGCGGAAAGCAAACUUGGAAAAGGAUAUGCAAAAAACGAAGCAAUUAAACGGCAUUGAGCAGCUUAAAGCCCUACCCACAGUCUCAAGACGCAAGCAGCCCAUACUGAACAGAGCCGAGCGAGCAAAGACGAAGGGCAGCGGCUGGUUUGAUUUGCCGGCUACAGAAGUCACUGAUGAGAUGCGCAAUGAACUGAAGAUUAUACAAAUGCGUUCCGUGCUGGAUCCCAAGCAUUUCUAUAAGAAGAACGACCUUAAGGUGUUGCCCAAGUACUUCCAAAUCGGUACAGUCCAGCACUCGCCACUUGAUCAUUAUAGCGAGCGGCAUACGCGGAAGACCAAAAAGUCACUGGUGGAUGAACUGCUUGAGGACGAGGCCUUUCAAAAGUUUAACAAACGGAAGUACAAGGAGGUGAUAAAGCGUACGGAAAAAUACGCACAUCGAAAAGCCUUAAAAAAGAUGAAGAAACUGAAGAAACAUAAAUAAAUAUAACUACUUUCAUAUCGAUUUGGACGCGUGUCAAAUGUUCUCUCGUUACGCGAUUCCUUAAGAUCAGGAUUUAAUUACAACUUUUUUGACUCCAUUAAGUACGUGUAAGUACGAAAAGGCUAGCAAACUUGGCAUUUAUAUUCAUCAAGACUGAUAAAACUUAAAAUAUAACCGUGCAAGGCUUUUGAUUCUUUAGCAA